GAGAUAUGAUCCUGUAAAAUCUAAUGAAAUCCUUGCCAAAUUAGCUGAUUGUGCCAAAAUAGUUGAUACUCUCAAAGACCUUGCGUAUAAGAAGCUAUGUAAUAUUCCUAAUGAUGCCAAAAAGAGAAGGUUGUUUGAAUCUUUAGCAGCGAAAAGAAUUAGAGGCUUUAAGACCUUCUUGACUAAUGGAUGGAUCUAUAAGAAGAAGAAGAAGAAACAAAAGAACAAAUCCUGCAAGGGGAAGGAUAAUGAAGGUGGAAAUGACAAAGUUGUUGAGGAAGAAAAACUCUCGUGGCAAAUAUGGCCAAGUGUUAAGAAGGAUGAGUGGAAUGCCUUCGUUCUUCAAAGAAGUAAAAAAAAAGUCGUUGAACUUCUAGAACAAAAUAUGGAAAAUGCAUUAAAGAAGGAGUACAUCCAUCGUGUGGGGGCCAAGACAUUUGGUGAAUGGAGGGUAACUUGGAUCAAGGAGAAAAUAUACCCCAUUUUUCUUAAAGGGUUAUCCAACAAACCCUCUAACUCCUCGAUCACUACGUUAGUGAGUUCUGCUAGCGAUUUCAUUUGUUCUCUCCAUUCGUUUGAUAAGGAAUCCGAAAAAUGGUUCAUCAAGAAACCGAAAACCAAAGAAAUGGCUGAUAAACUUCUUGAGUACACUAUAGAAGUUGUUCAAGGCAAGCUGGUCCCAAAUGUAGAGAAAGAUCCUUUCACCUUGGCUUUGGGAAAGGCCUACCAUCCAGGACGGGUAGUAGGUUCGGGGGGGACAUUGCUAGGAUGGGAAAAGGUGAUGGGUUCAGAAUACACAAAAUCGGGAAUAUCUCGAUCAAGUGUUAACUCACCAGAUGAUUUAGAUGCCAAGGUAGCAUCGAUUAAGGAUUAAGUCCGCAAUGAGUUAGUAGUUGAAUUCAAUGCUUGGGAGAAGCAAAUGAACAUACCCUUGCCAUUCCACUCGACUACACCGGUCGACUCAAGUAGUCAGCCACAAGGACAUGGAGAAGAUGAGAGACAUGGAGAAUAUGAGAUACAUAAGGUCGGUACUCCUACAAAUGCAGACUCGAGGGCGCUUGAGCAUCAAACACUCCAUGAAUUUCCGGAUUUAAAAGUGAUUAACAUAGUUGAUUUUGUUACUUGAUCAAUUGUGUAAGAAAAGAUACCUUUUAAUUAGUUUUUUUUUUAAGAGUGAAUUUCAAUAUUGGUGUAGGAAGUGUUGGGGUUUGGUGAGUCCGACUCACCGCGGAAACAAACCCAAAAACAAGACCGCACUCGUAAUAAA